AUGCCUCUCGCCGGUGACAAUCAGUCAGCAAGCAACGCCCAGUUUCACAAGGUGAUGAACGAGUGGAUGGAGCUGCACGGCUCCUCUCAGGAGAAGGAUGCAUUGGCUCAAGAGUCGGUCCCUAACUUCAAGACGGAGUGGAACCGGUCAACCCAGGAGGGCGGAAGGCUCGUGGACCUAGGGGGCACGGCAGCAUGGUGCAGGCCGACCCGACGAUGCCCAUCAACGUAUCGACCUGUCCGACAAUGCUAUAAGGUCGCCGUGCGUGGUAUUCCCUAUGCCUACCAGGUGUACGAGGUUGAAGACAAGGACCAGGGCGACGAGAUCGAUGAGGCCGGCGAACCUAUCGACUUCACUCGUCUGAUGAAUCCCGGCAAGUCUACUAUUCCUGCUCGAUAUGCUACCGACACCGCCGUCAAGGUCCCGUCAAGCGCCACACCCGACAAAUGCACCUUUGCCAAUCAUAAGCGCCUUGGUUCUGCCUCUAUGAUUUCGAUGCAGGAUAUACUCUUCACCAAGGGAACGCCCGGAGCUGCAGGUCCGACGCCUACAUAG